AUGGACACUUCAGCCCCGGCACCGAAGCGUUCCCAGCAGGAGCCCAGUGGAGAGCUUGGAGGAUCCUCGGAGGAGCCAUCUAGCAAGCAUCAGCGGUUGAUUCAGUCCGUUCAGGUCGAUGGCGACGUGCUCUACACCUUGGAUGAGGAUUGGGGUGAUUAUCCCGGUGAUCACGAUGAACAUUUGGAGGCCCAGUGGGAAGAGAGUGAUGAAGACCUGGAUUGGUCAGACCUGAAGGAAUCUGAUGGUCCACCCGAGUUGUCGGGUGAACAGCUUGCUGCUGUUGAUCAUGAUGCAGAGUUGGAGGAAGUCACAAGGCUUGUGAGCAUGGGAGUACUAAAGGAAGCAGUAGACCCAAGCCAGCUCGUGGUUGAUGAUGCCAAGUUGCUCCGGACCAGGUUUGUUCAUGAUUGGCGCUACCGCGACAAGGUUUGGAAACGACGAGCUCGGUUGGUUUGCAAGCAGCUUCGCAUUUGGAAUCCCAACAGGUCUGAUGUCUACGCACCUUCCACGAACCCCGCAGUAAGCCGAGUUGUACCAUUGCUCUUCACCUCCAAGCCUGGAUGGGUCAUGCGUGCCCUUGACAUCAAGGAUGCUUUUCUUUGUGUUCCGCAACGCGAGGAGCUCUAUGUGACCUUAGGUGGAAGGACGUAUCAAGUGCUGUAUUGCCUCCCAGGCCAGCAAGCAGCAUCAGCUUGGUGGGGUGAGCAGCUCGCGGGUGAUUUGAAGUCGGCAGGCCUUGCAGUUGAUGUUGCGUGCCCAGCUGUGCUCGGACAAGAGUCAGCAGGAGCCACAGUUCACGUGGACGACGGAUUGCUUGGAGGCCUUCCUCAUUCAGUUGAUGCGGUGGUUGAGGUUCUAGAGAAGAGAUACAAGGUUCAGGUGUCCGAUCCGGUUUCAAAGCCAGGUGACAGUCUCAAGUUCUUGAAGAAGGAUUUGACGGUGACCAGAGAUGGAUUGGUGAUACGCUUGGAUGAGAAAUACCUCAACAAAGUUUGCGAGCACCUAAACAUCACAAACCCAAGGCAUCGACGUGUUCCAUGUACUCAGGACAUCCUGGGAAAAGACGACAGCCCAGAACUUCCAGUUGCUCAGGCAUCGUUGUUUCGAGCGGCUAUCGGAUCCCUCCUUUACAUCUCUCCUGAACGCCCGGAUGCUCAAUUUGCCAUAGGAGCUCUUGCUCGGUGUAUGUCACGGCCUACGAAGAAGGCAUGGGAUCAAUUGCGCACGUUAGGAGAGUACCUGUGGCACACGAGACACUAUGAGCUCACUUUGAAGUGGACCUUCCCAGGACGUUCGAUGCUUGAUGAGAGGCAGAUGUCUGCUGCAGAGGUUGCCCAGAAACAAGUUGAGAGUGCAAAUGAGCCCAUGUUGAUCGAAGUUCUUACAGACUCUGACUGGGCCGGUGCAGCAGACCGCAUUUCAACGAGUUCAUGCCAUGUGUUUGUCAACGGCAAUCUUGCAUACUCCUUUGUGCGUAAACAAGGAUGCAUUUCUCUUUCGAGUUGUGAAGCUGAGCUUGUUUCCGCCGUGAGUGGAACUGCUGAGGGGCUUUACAUCGCCCACGUCAUUCGCACAGCAGGGGCAUGCACUACAAAGAUCAUACUUCGCCUCGACUCCUCAUCAGCGAGGGCACUCUUGUAUAAACAGGGCGUUUCACGCAUCAGGCAUCUCGCCACCAAAUUGCUGUGGAUCCAAACUUUCACGAGGAGGAAAAUCAUCGAGGCAGCUGCUAUUCCGACUGCCUACAACACCUCCGAUUUAGGCACUAAACCGCUGACAUCUAAGAGAAUCUCGAUGCUUAUGCAGCGCAUCGGCUACAAUGCCGAAGGAAAUCAUGUUCAGGCAGUUCGCAGCAACGCUCACAUGAAGGCAUUGAAAAAGGCAAUUGCUGCGAUCGUAGUUCUUACGAUGAAUGCGGAAGCUGACGCCUUGAGCCUCAUGCAGGAUACCAGCCACGACAUGGACGAGUUCUACAUCUUCUUCUUCACGAGCCACCCGUACAUGUUCAUUGGUUUCCUUGCAGCGGUCGUGAUUGUUGUCAGUUUGGUGAUGUGCAACAUUUGGGCAUUGGUUGUCCAGACAACAGACCACAUGGAGAUCUACAUCGUGCAGAACCAGAUGGAGGACCACAUGGAGAGCCACAACAUCCAGAACCACAUCGAGGACCAGAUCAUCCAGAACCACAUCGAGGACCAGAUCAUGCAGAGCCACAUCGAGGACCACAUCAUGCAGAGCCACAUGGAGGACCACAUCGAGUACCACAAGGAGGACUACGUGAUCCUCAUGGUGUUCAUCGACUUCCUGGUGCACUACGUGGAGAUCAACCUUUGGCGUUGGAUGAUUGGCCUGACCUUCGCUUUUGUCCGCGCGCAGGUGUAA